AAACAAUUGCGGAGGAAAAGUUGCAUCAAAUUCCAGAAGCAGAGAGAAAACUCCACAAUUUAACUCAAGAAGAGGCGGUCACAAAACACAACACUGAGAAAGAAACGAUGCGAUUUUCUUGGAGAAGAGGUUAGGUUGUUGGGUGUUAGUGUUAAAUAUAUAAAGAACAGAACAGUCGCCAACGUUAACAUUAACAAACAUCCUCAAAAUAUGCGCACGCCUCUGCUUCCCGCUGCUUCAUCUGCUUCGUUCUUCACUCUCUUUCUCGCUUAGCCUUCACUUUCUUCUCUCUGUUUCUUCUUUCUUCUGCCAGCGAUGCCGACUUUUACUGCCAUGGCACUGGAUAGGUUGAUAGAGCCCGGAGCUUCUAAGCCAGUUGAUAAAUCUGCUCCAACUUCAAUGCCUGUGCCAAACUCGCAGAAGCUGGAGAGGAGUACUAGUGCGCCCGCCAAGAAAAGUAAGGUUCCUCAGCCUCCAUUGAAGCCGGCACUUUAUACCACUCCUGAAGUGACACCACUUCCAGAUGCGCCUUCUUCGUUCCCUCCUUCACCAUACAUCAUCAACCACAAACGCCGUGGUCCACGCCUCCUCAAGAGUUCCUCUGAGGCCAGUGCACUGUCUGAGGUGAAUAUUCGUUGUGAUGAUGAUAAUGAUAAGAGCGUAGAUGCUGUUAUUACAAGUUCAGCUGGUGACCUCCAAGUUACUUCUACAAAGCCUGAACUUGUUAAAGAAGAGAAGGUGAAUGGUGUUUAUGACGGCCAACUUGAUAGAAGCAAUGAUGUUGACCAUGCAAAUGGACACAGAGAAACUGGAAGUGGUAGCUUAACCAAUGGAUUACUCAAGGAAAAGCCACCGGCAUUGAAUUUGGACAGAGUUAGCGAGGUUGAAGACUUUUUUUAUCCAUUAGACUCAAUGAGUUUCUCUAGUAACACAGAUGGGGAAGAGAAUGCAGGGACAGAAUUGUCUAUGAAACUCAGCAGUCCCAGUACGGAGUUUUAUGAUGCCUGGGAAGAAUUAUCUUCUGAAGGCAUGUCUCAAAAUUCUACAUACGACAUUGAAGCUGAAUUGCGUGAAGUAAGGUUAAGUCUGUUGGUGGAGAUAGAGAAGCGGAAGCAAGCUGAAGAAUCCAUCAACAACAUGAGAAGCCAAUGGGAAAGCAUUAGGCAAGGGUUAUAUCAAGCAGGAAUUAUUUUGCCUGCAUAUCUUAAUGCCACUGCUGAGGAUGAGCAGCUGACUUCUGAUCCCGUGGAAGAUCUAUGUCAACAAGUUUAUAUUGCUAGGUUCAUAUCAAAUGCCAUUGGAAAAGGAAUUGCCAGGGCAGAGUUGGAGACAGAGAUGGAAGCUCAACUAGAGGCAAAGAACUUUGAGAUUGCUCGACUUUUGGAUCGUCUCCACUGUUAUGAGACCAUGAAUAGGGAGAUGUCUCAGAGGAACCAGGAAGCAGUAGAGAUGGCACGGUGUGAGAGGCAAAGGAGCAGCAGGAGGCAGAGAUGGAUUUGGGGCUGCAUCACAACUGUGAUUGCUCUUAGUACUGCAGCAAUAGCAUGGUCUUAUCUCCCAACGAGUAAAGGAUCAUCCUCUGCUGACCAUGAUCUUGUUCCUGAAUAUGAUGACACAGCCAAGUAGUUUACCACAACCACUAACUGCAACGAGUAUUAUGAUAGGAGAGCACAAUAUAAGUUUUACAUACCUCUUUGAUCAGUUGCAAUUUUCUGGCAUUCUGAGUAUGGUGCACAAUUUAGAUAUACAAUGAAUUAGUGCGUUCCUAGAUCAGUGAAGUGUUUUGAUCCGUAUUGUUGAGAAAAUAUCCCAUAACUAACUAUGCAUUCGAGGGGUGCUGGCAGUUUCACUUGGAAAUUUUCGAGGAUUCGUUUGACCAUCCGAUCCAUCGGGCACGAUGCUUUAGCAUUCUCAUACAGCAAGAGAGAAUUGGAUUGACAUCAUCUGAUCAGGGAAAUCUGGUUGCACUAGUAGGUUACAGAUGCAUUACGUUAGCGAUUCUGAUAAAGUACUGUUUUAUUAUGUUAGUCAAAAGAUGUAUUUGCACCCAUUCAUAUUUUUAACCGUAGGUGAGAUUUUUUUUAAUUAUUUAUCAUUUGUUGAAUACCCUUUCAUUGUUGUUGUUUUGCAUAACCAGGUCUUAGUGAACUGUGGAUAAAACGUCGAUAAUGUACAAUAAUUUUUUAUUCACGAUUUAUUACUUGAGUAAUUAUAAUUAUAA